AGCUGAUUUCUGUAAAUACCUUUGGUUGCCAGGAAGUGCUGCGAAUUGCACUUAAUGAAGGGGCUUUUCUUUUAUUGUUUUUUGAAUCGUUUCAAGUAACUUUUCUGAGAGCCGAGUGAGGGGCUUCAUUGCAUGCCAGCAGCUCGUCUUCUUCCCCGUGGCCUGGUCGCUUUGCAGCCGGGUGGUGUCGUCGGUGAGGGGAGGAGAGGCCCUGCUGCUGUGGGUCGCGAGUGAGGGAGUCUCUUCGUUCAGGAGACACUUCGGUGGUGUGUCUGGCAGUGUCAGCCAACAUCAAGGUGCUUUACUUUAACUCGGCUACAAUUUCAUACACUCUCUGUUAACACUGCAAGGACUGCACAAAAAAAGAAAGGAAAAAAAGAGUCGCCGCGGCUAUUUAAAGUGAUCCAUCAGUCCCCUCCUGCGAAAGUGUCUGGCAAAAAUGCAAAGCAGUGAAACGGGAGAGUCGAGAAGUGGACAGCCGUGGGGGAAGCUUGUCCGUAUGUCCUCGGAGAAAGAAUCUGAGAUCCUGCUGUUCAGCAAAGAGUUCAUCAUCGAGGGAAAGAAAGGCUGUGAUCUUUCCUUUUCUGCAAACAAGCUGGUGUCUGGUAAUCAGUGUAAGAUCAUUCAGGAUGAAGAUUCAGGGGAGGUGUGGUUGGAGAAUAUGAGUGUGAAAGGAACAGUGAUUAACGAAUCAAAAGUGGUGAAGAGUCAGAAAUGUCGGCUUCAAAAUGGAGACGUAAUCUACGUCGUAUGCAAAAAAAAUGAGCCAGAACAAGAAAUUGCAUAUAUGUACCAAGCUGUAAAUGCUGAAGAGAAAGUCGGAUCAGACAUUCUGAACAGUGACGCUCCAGGAAGCCCUUUUUCAUGUAGUGAAAUUUCAUCAGGUGAUUCUAACCAACCAAACUUAACCAAUGAGGAAUCAUCAUCUGACGAGCCAGUACCUUCUACAUCCAUGUCUGACCUCCACAAUACUCCGAGCAUUAUUAGUUCUCCAUCAGAAAUUAGCAGCCUUUCUGUUUCUGAGACCAUCUCUUCUUCUGAGCCUUGUUCAUCAUUCUCAAGUCAAGAGGACGUCUCUUCUGAAUCCACUGGUUUAGAGGGUACCAACAUCACAACAUCAGUUAGUUCUGGCUCUGUCAGUUUUCUCUCAGAGAAAGAUGACUCAGAACCACCUUGGAAAAAAAGGAAGACAACAGAUUCUGGUCAAGGAGAAACCCAACAUCCAGAAAGAGAAAUUCAUAAAACUCGGUCAUCAGAAGUAUGCAAAGAAGCAGAGUUAAAAACAGAUAAGAUGGAAGAGUCUCUCACGUGUAUUAUUUGUCAGGACUUGCUGUAUGACUGUGUGAGCCUGCAGCCCUGCAUGCAUACAUUUUGUGCUGCCUGCUAUUCAGGAUGGAUGGAACGGUCAUCCUUUUGUCCCACCUGUCGAUGUCCUGUGGAGCGUAUCAGAAAGAAUCACAUGCUUAACAACCUGGUUGAGGCCUACCUACUUCAGCACCCAGAAAAGUGCAGAAGUGCUGAGGAGUUGCAGAACAUGGACAGCCGCAAUAAAAUUUCUCAGGACAUGGUCCAGCCAAAGGUAGAACGGAACUUUUCUGAUGAAGAAGGCAGCUCUGAUUACCUCUUGGAACUUUCAGAUGUAGACAGCGAGUCUUCUGACAUUAGCCAGCCGUGGGUAGUGUGCCGUCAGUGUCCAUGGUACAGAAAAGACCUUUGUCAACCAUCUGUUGAACAGACAGUUGAAGCACCUCUGAGGACAGUGGGAGAAGCACCUUCGACAUCCAGCUCCACCUCAACAGUUUCCCAAGAAUAUAUGUGUCCUCCCCAAGGGGGUCAUGUGAUGUGUUCAUGCUGCUUCCAGCCCAUGCCUGAUCGAAGAGCAGAGGCAGCCACCCAGCAGAACUUUCAUCAGCAAUGUAUGGCAUGCCAGCGUUCAUUUUGCCACAUGUACUGGGGGUGCACUCGAGUUGGAUGUCUUGGAUGCCUGGCGCAUUUCAAUGAUCUGAAUCUGACUGAGAAGUGCAUGGAUGGUGUGCUUAACAACAAUAAUCAUGAAUCUGAAAUUCUGAAGAACUACUUGACUUCUCGAGGAAUGACCUGGAAGGACAUGCUUCAUGAGUGUCUACGUGGCCUCCAACAAGGAGUUUUCUAUUUGUCAGAUUACCGCAUCACUGGGAAUGCAGUGCUGUGCUACUGCUGUGGCCUGCGCAGUUUCAAAGAGCUGGCUUACCAAUAUCGACAAAGUAUUCCUCGCACUGAACUUCCAGCACUCGUAACUUCUCGGCCUGACUGUUACUGGGGACGCAACUGCCGUACUCAAGUUAAAGCACACCAUGCCAUAAAAUUCAACCACAUUUGUGAGCAGACCCGUUUCAAGAACUGAAUGCAUCUGGUUCAGUGUCUGUGAAUUGCUUUGCUACAGCUGGGCAGUUCCUACUUUAUGGCAUAUGUUGCUGUGAAAGAAAAAAAAGAGAAUCUCGCCUCUUUUGAAAUAUGGACAUGAAAAGUUGUGUUAUCUGCUUAUAUCUGUUUUUUUUAAGGGCACACUUUCUUUGGAUGAUAUCAAAGUCAAAUAAUUGGACACCUUCAGAUCUUCCAAGCAGUUUGGCUAAGCAAAUAUCCAGACUAAAGCAUUAUUGAGAUAGUUAACUUUAACAUAAGAAUCACAGAAAGUUGUGCUAUGUUUAAAAUGUUGGUGGAAGUUGGGGUGGGGGGCAAUUAAUUUUUUUCAGGGGUUCUUAAGUAGCAGAGCCUCAUACCUAAAUGUUAGCAGAUACUCAGAAGGUCAUUUAUUUCAAGAAUAUUUCCCUUUCAGGCAGCACCUAACAGGGUGAUGUUGCUGCACUUUGCACUUACUUUUAGCAUUGACAAAAUUUGUGAUGAUGGGGCUUAACCGACUAACAUUUCUUUGUUUUUUGUUUGAAGGUUGUCAUGAUUAGCAUUAGAAAUCUAACUUCCUGCAGACCGUCUUGCAGUCUCCAUUGGAUCCUGCUCUGCAAGGAGGGGGAAGUCUAGUUAGUUGCACUUAUGUAUACAAUUUAUUAAUUCCAAGCAAAAAGACAAUUAUUUCAUCCAGCAUGGCACUGGAGGCCAGUGGUGGCCAGUGUCACACACCCCAUUUAGCUGAAUGCUCCAUGUCUGGCCUUGAAGCUCAAGGUUGGUAUUCAUCAACUGUGUCAUAUUGUACUGACUAAUAUAAGCACACAUGGCAGUGUGUAUUAGGCACAAAGGUGAAGAAAACACUACAAUGACUGAGAUAGUAUUGCGAUAAAGAGUGCUGACAUUUUAUGCCAAUUCUCUGCCUAGUGAUACGUUGACUGUUCUUUAUGGAUCGGAUCUUUGUAAUCGUUCUUCAUUAAGGCUAAAUCAUGUGGUCAUGUUAAGUGAAGGCUCAAAUAAUGGAAAUGGUGACUUAUAUCCACUAAACAUUCUACACAAGAAUCUACCUAUGAUAUAUGAGAGGUUCUACUAACUUCUGACUGCAAAGUUGGGGUUUUUGAUAGUUUACUAUAAUUUAAGGUUCAAGCUAUUAGAAAAUUUUAUGCCCAGAUUUUGAUAGGCCACCCCAAACUGUAACUAAAUAACGAUAGUGAGAGAGAAGGGUGUAAAAUACAGGCUGUGGGAUUGGAGCUCAUUAAGCCUUCUUGCUGGCUGCAUGUGUAAAAUUCACGUUGUGCUGGUUGAUUGCGUCUCCUUAAGGGUGCUCUGCCGCUGUGAAACAGUUUAAUUCCGUAAGUAUGGAUAAGGUAGUGUUGAGCUGCUGAGCAGAUUUAUUGCAGUCAUGGGAAAGCUUGAACCUUGAAUUGGUAUGGACCUGCUUCUUUUGUGGCAUGGUAAUGUUGUAGAGAAAUUAGUGUCAAUGGUAAACUUGUGAGAUGGUUGGGGACUGGAGUUACACUCUAUGCAAUGGCCAGCACUUGAGGGAAUGUUUGUGAUGAAUGGGGCAGCCAGAGUGCUCACUCAUUAAAAGUAAGAAUAGCUUUGCACAAUGUUGUAUAGGGGUUAUGUUUGAAAAUAAUAAUAAUUAAAAAAUCAGCUAUGUGCACUUAUAAGACACUGUCUUACAGGAGAGCUAAUAAACAUUUAGGCAAUAGUAAAGUAGAAAAUUCAUAGGUCUUUGUGUGCUUUGUACAUGUAAUCACUGAAUAAUGUGCUGCUACAGGCAGGGUCACCUCUAAGUGCUGGACACUCACAAUCUAGUGAUAAGUAUAGACUUGUUUCUUAAGCCUUUUUUCCAUUCCUAUAGUACUCCUCAGAGUAUACAGUAUAGCUUUUACCUAUUGAAGUACUAUGCCUCAAACCUCACACAACUACUCUUGUUACUCUUUAAACGUUAGAAUAUGAAUGUUGCAGGAAUGGCAGUACUCAUUUUGAAAUUAAAGGAGAAGCUUCAGACAUAAAUGUCUGAAAUAAUUAUCCAACAGUAGAUCUAGUUUCCUUAAUUUAGUUUUUUUUUUUUUCUUGACGUGAGCAUUGUGAUAGUGUGACAGAUAUAUCAGUGUUAAGAUGGUUUCUUCUACUAGAGUUGUUGCUGUUGGCAGUAGUGUUCUCCAUACUUGUUACCAUUGUUUUUGGUAACUGGGCUAUUCCACAUUUAUUAGUUCAAAUUAAGACAACUCGGGGAAAGUCUUGAGUGUUGCUGCUUACACACACUCAGUUUUCUCUUAGGAUUCACUAUGUUCUCCUACAUCUCUUCAAUGGACAAGAAAAUGGUCCUAGACUGCAUCAAGGGCUCAUGGGUACAGCCUCCUGAGGACUGCAGAUUGUUCUAGACUUUCAUUUCACCUUCAGCUAUUACUUAAGUAUUCUGUACUAUUUCUUUAUAAUAAAUCUGGCUGAAUGAAGAGACUCUAAACUUGAUUUUUUCUUCCAUUAGCAAAACAUAUCUUAACUCAAAAAGAGUUAUAUGUUGUGGAAUCUGGGUUUGUCUUUUAUUUAUGGUGUUGCAAGUAAAUAAUUUUAAAUGAGUAAGUGGAAAAAGUAAAAAUGUCUAGGAUCUUGAUAAUCACUGUCUUGUUUUAAGCAGUUUUCUUCUUGCUUGCAGUUUUGAAUGGUGUGAAGGCCCUGCUGAAGCAGUUGGGUAGACUGUGCUAGGCCUAUAGUACUGUAACUGCUACCUCUUUCUAACUUGCAAAACAAUUACUAAUUUUUGUAUUUUGUUUGUCAUGUAUUUUUGAAACCAAUCAGAAAUUAAACAGUUCAUUUUUCAGUC